AUGGUGGUGGCUUCCCGCCUCUUCUCCCUUUCCCGCCCCGCAAAUUCCCUUCCAGCCUCCAGGUCUCCCCUUCACGCCUCCCCUGCAUCGCCCUCUCCCCAUCCCCGCAUCUCCCUCUCCCCAUCCCCGCAUCUCCCUCUCCCCAUCCCCGCAUCCCCCUCUCCCCAUCCCCGCAUCCCCCCCUCCCCAUCCCCGCAUCCCCGUCUCCCCAUCCCCGCAUCCCCCUCUCCCCAUCCCCGCAUCUCCCUCUCCCCAUCCCCGCAUCUCCCUCUCCCCAUCCCCGCAUCCCGCUCUCCCCAUCCCCGCAUCCCUGUCUCCCCAUCUGUUAUAGUCACACCGAGUGCAAACCGUAGGGUUGCACCAACACCAUCCCCGCAUCCCCCUCUCCCCAAUCCCUGGAUCCCCCUCUCCCCAUCCCCGCACCCCCCUCUCCCCACUCCCUGCAUCCCCCUAUCCCCAUCCCCGCAUCCCCCUCUCCCCAUCCCCGCAUCCCCCUCUCCCCAAUCCUUGCAUCCCCGUCUCCCCAUCCCCCCUCUCCCCACUCCCUGCAUCCCCCUCUCCCCAUCCCCGCAUCUCCCUCUCCCCAUCCCCGCAUCUCCCUCUCCCCAUCCCCGCAUCCCCCUCUCCCCAUCCCCGCAUCCCCCUCUCCCCAUCCCUCCCUUCCCUCCCUUGGCUCCCUUCCCUCCUUUCCCACCCUACCUCCCUUUCCUCUCCCUUCCCUCCCUUCCCUCCCUUCCCUCCCUUCUCUCCCUUCCCUCCUUUCUCUCCCCCCUACCUUCUCGUCCAUCUCUCAGGACUGCCCCCAUCAGGGCCAACCCUCUCUGCGCACCUUUACUGUCUCCCCCUUUUGUUUUUCACAUCCCGCCUCCCCAUCUCGCUACCCCGCCUCCCCAUCUCCCCUUCCUCUCAGCUCCUCUCUUUCCGCCCUUCCGUCCUACCUCUUCAUCCUCACCCCUCCACCCCGCCUCCCCAUCUCCUCAACCCCUCUUCCUUUCCUCUCCCUGCAUCCCCAUCUCCUCCCUGCAUCCCCAUCUCCUCUCCAUGCAUCUCCAUCUCCUCUCCCUGCAUCUCCAUCUCCCCGCCCUGCAUACCUCUCUCCCCUCCCUGCAUCCUCCCUAA